AUGGAUAACGGUCCGUCCCCGAGAACGCUCGAUGAGGUAUCAGAUGCGGAUUCUGACCUUGAAGAGCUUCAAGGUGACAUCGCAAAGUUCGAUCAAUCCGUCAGAGAAUUUCUCGCGUCCCAAAAAGGAACUGCAGAUGUCUCCGGACUACCGUCCGGUACAUCCAAGGGCAGAGGGCCUCGGGGACCGCAUAAAGCAGCGAAGCCAAGAGGCGAUAUCACAGCCAGACUCUCCAAAGUUAACCAGGCAUUCUUGAGUGGCGAUUAUGAACAAGCCCUGGACCUUGCUUUUGAAGUCAUUAGGAUCAAUGCAGAAACACAUCAAGCUUGGACAGCCCUCUCUUCAAUUUUCAGAGAGCGCGGUGAAAUGGACAGGGCCUCGUCGGCCAUGGUAUAUGCAGCACAUCUUCGGCCAAAGGAAGUAUCUGGGUGGCUUGGAUGCGCCUCAUUUGCAUUGGAUUCCAUUACAGGAGAAGAUGAUGAGGCCGGGAAUUUGCACACCGCUCGACUCUGCUACUCCGCAGCUCUGAGAGCAGAUCCUACAAAUAUUGAGGCUCGUCUCGGUAAAGCCGAUGUAUGUCAUAGGCAAGGCCAUCUAUUUGCUGCCAUCACAGAGUAUAACAACGUUCUCAAACGUCGUCCAUACGAUCUUGAAACCAUACGAAAGCUUGCGGAGGCAUGCAUCGACUCGAAAAACGCAGCGACCCUGGUGCCUUCCGCCGUAAAUGCGUACCGACAGUAUUUUGAUCAUGCAAUGAGCGAGUCACAACAGGAAGUUCAAUAUAUGCUUUGGCACGAUGUUGGCAUCUAUGGGGGACUCCUUGCUCAGGUGGAGAGAAAUCAAGAAGCAAUUUCAGAGUUGAAGAGACUUUCAAGAUGGCUACUUGGACGCUCUGUCGAAACGUUUUGGGACGACUGGCGAGACGACGACAGGGAAUGGGAUAUAUCAGACGACCGGCGUGCAUCUGUUCCUGAAUUUUCUCGUCUCAGCAAUAACUCGACUCAAUUUGGACAAUCUCUGCCCUUGGACCUCCGCAUUCGUUUGGCGACAUAUCGGCUUAGGAAUGGUGACGAGUUAGAGGCCAGGAAUCACUUAGAUCAUCUAGACCCUGACGAUCCAUCCACCAGAGCUUUUGCUGGCGACUUUACAUUUUUGAUAUACGACCUGGCCGUGGAAUUGGGGAAAAGUCGACAAGCAUCAAGGGCCAUCCGAUACUUCGAACUGCUGCGCGAUAUGCCUGGGGAACCUGACGCUGCGGUCUUACUGCAGCUAGGGCGAUGCUACCUCGAUGCUGGAGAGGCUGCAACGGCCGAGGAGUACUUAUUAGCGGCGUUGGAUGCGGACGAAGACAGCAUAGACGCCCGCAUUGAACUCGCAAACGUGUAUGAGAAAGCUCGAGAAGAUGAGGAAGCUUUGAUAUUAGCAGCCGAAGCUUUGGCCCUGCGUGGGGUUCAAGACCAGGAUCAUCUUUUCGAUGAUGCCGGCGCAUGCAAAGGCCGAAUGCGGCCAUCUGCCAGCCAUAAGCAACAAGCCUCACAUAGGCGACCUCGGGGCGGCGACAAAGCAGGAAGAUCAAGCCUUACAGGUAGCGGGAUCAGGCGAUCAGUCAUUCCCAGGAGACAUCGAUCAAAAAAGCUCGCUGGACCUGACAGACGUCGGCAGGACGAGCAAAUACAUACUCUCAAACUCUCUCAACAAUAUGCUGUUGUGCGGGAUCUGAAGCAGCGCAUUUCAGAAGGUCAGGAAGAGUUGAUACCCGCCUGGAUGGCAUCUUCCAAGGAGCUAGUCGAUGACUUCAGAUCUCUGAAGCGAUUCUACAGCUGGGACAAGUAUUUGCAGUUCCUUGGGCCGAAGGGGUCCAUGUCAAGCUCAACCCAGCCCGAGACUGAACUCUCUCAAAUGUACCAAAGAUUGACACGCUUUGACGUUAACACGAUGGCCAUUGAAGCUAUUGCUCCCCAAUUUGAAAAAUCUAGCCACACAUCGGCUAUUGCUAGUCUUGCAACACAUCAAGGAAUUUUAUUCGACGAUUGGCUGGACUUAUUCGUCGACUAUGCUAUUGGUCUGGCAAUUGCGCAUCGACGACAGGAAGCGUACCAAGUUUGUGAGGCCGCCAAAGACUCUACAGUCUUCCAGUCUCCGAAGCACGGAUUCAUAAUUUAUGUGGCAUGGAGCGUAUGCGCUAUCUACACCAACGACGAAGAGCGGUGUGUUGCAAUCGCGAGGCACUUGAUGCGCGAAGGUGCCACGACAGAUUCUUAUCGCAUGUUCGCCUUACUAUCGAUGCUUUGUCAAUCACCUGUGUCUUGGUACACGUCAGGGCCAGCGCAAAAGUAUAUUCUGCGCCAAAUAAAAGCCAUCGAUGCCAGCCAUGAGAAAGCGGCCAGCGGCCGGGGCGGGCCAGGGGUGAGCGGAGAAGUAGGUGACAAAACUACUUUGGACAUGGACGUAUGUCUUUUGAUGCUCUACGGUCAUAUCUUAUUCACCUCCACUAGCUAUUCUUACUCAUUAGGUUACUUUCUCCGGGCACGAUCACUGGACCCGACUAAUGCCAUGGUAAAUCUCAGCCUCGGCCUGGCCUAUGUGCAUUACGGAUUGAAGAGACAGUCAAGCAACCGUCAGUAUCUGAUUUUGCAAGGCCAGUCAUUUUUAUCGCUGUAUGCUAGACAAGUUACAAACGGCGGUGACUACGCAUUGGCCGAACGCUACUACAACAUGGGUCGCCUCUUCCAACUGCUUGGAAUCGGUUAUCUGAGCUCAUCGUAUUACUCCGUGGCUCUGGAUAUAUGUAAAAACGGAGGAGGUUCCAAGGAUCUUUCAACUCUCAUCUUGGCCAACACUCUGAUCUCAUUGCUUACAGUUGGAAACAACGAUGUCGCUCUAUCAAUACUAAGAGGCAACUUGAAACUCUGA